AAAGAAAGCAGGAGGAGCAAGUGAUAUUUUUCGUAGCUUGGUGGGAAAUGGCAAUUCCUCUGUUUACAACUAUUUCUUCUUACAGUACUACUACUACUACACACAGACACAGAUACUUGCACCAUCCCAUUUUUUCUUACAACAAGCUGCUUUGUUGUGCUUCUUCUUCAUCACCACCUGUUUCCUCCAAUUUUGUUGGUUCAGAGGCAGGUGUGUGUUUGAGUAUCGGAACCCACCUCAUUCCACAUCCCGACAAGGUUGAGAAAGGCGGAGAAGAUGCAUUUUUCGUUAGCAGCCACGGUGGAGGAGUUAUUGCAGUCGCCGAUGGUGUUUCUGGUUGGGCUGAGAAAGAUGUGAAUCCUGCUCUCUUCUCCCGCGAGCUUAUGACUAAUGCCUCCAUCUUUGUCCAAGAUCAAGAAGUUGACUAUAAUCCACGGAAUCUGAUAAGGAAAGCACACGCCGCCACCACUUCCAUUGGCUCCGCCACUGCUGUUGUUGCUAUGCUGGAAAGAAACGGGACACUCAAGAUCGCUAAUGUAGGUGACUGCGGCUUGAGAGUCGUACGAAAAGGGCAAAUAGUGUAUUCUACAUCUCCGCAAGAACAUUACUUCGACUGCCCAUACCAGUUGAGUUCAGAGGCCAUUGGUCAGACAUUUCUUGACGCAACGGUUACGACUGUGGAGUUAAUGGAAGAGGAUACUAUUGUGGUGGGGUCAGAUGGUCUCUUCGAUAAUGUCUUUGAUCGAGAAAUCGUUUCUGUUCUCAGCUCAUGCAAUAACGUUUCUGAUGCUGCAAAGGCAUUAGCUAACCUGGCUCAUAAUCAUUCAAAGGAUUCGAGUUUCGAUUCCCCCUAUUCGCAAGAAGCUCGAACCCAAGGUUUUGAUGUUCCUUGGUGGAAGAAAAUUAUGGGGAUGAAGUUAAUAGGUGGGAAACUUGAUGAUGUGACUGUAAUUGUUGGGCAGGUGAAGAGCUCAUUAAGCUCGUAAAGCUCGCCUUCUUCAUAUGGUGAUUCGAGACCCGAGUGGCUACCUUAGUGACCGAUGUUUAUUGAAAAGAAAUAUUUUUUAUAGUAUACUAUUCAUCUUAAUCGAACAAAAAUAUACGUUUUAUUGAAAUUUAUGGACAGAAAAAUACAUCGAAUUAACGAAUAAUGAAAGCAAUGAACCAGAA